UCUUAAUGGCCAACACCAUCCAAAUAAACCCAAAGCAAAUAGAGGUCCCAUCUCGCACCCAAAAGCAACCCAACAUAAAAUUUAAUUAUAUUAUAUUCUCAUUUCAACUAAUCAAAAGUAUAUCAGCCAGUCACCAUUCCCUUUCUUUGUUGAGCCCUCCUCCUUUCGCUAGUUCCCAUGCAUCUCUCGCUAAAGUCUCACCAAAACAAACGGAUACCUUAUAAUAAUCUGACACAUUUUUCUUUCUUUGGGUCUCUAAAAUUGUCCCUCUCUCAUCUCAACUGCGAGUUCCGAUGGAGAUUUUCCAUUGCUUCUUCUACUUAAAUUUUCUGCUCGUCCCUUUGAUGUUCUUUGUGGCGGUUUCAGCAGCUGAUCUCUACUCAGACACCCUUCUGAGCUUAAAAUCUGAGCUUGUAGAUGACCAUGGUAGUUUGGAAGACUGGUUUGUGCCUUCCGGAUAUAACCCAUCUGGGAAAAUCUACGCAUGUUCUUGGUCUGGUGUCAAAUGUAACAAGAACUCCACUGUUACUGGUUUAGACCUGUCAAUGAAGAUGCUUGGUGGUGCAAUUUCUGGAAAGCAAUUUAACGUCUUCACUGAGCUUGUUGAUCUCAACCUCAGUUACAACUCAUUCUCUGGCCAGCUCCCUGUGGGAAUUUUCAACCUCACCAGUCUAAGAAGCUUGGAUAUUAGCAGAAACAACUUUUCUGGUCACUUUCCUGGUGGAGUCUCAGGUCUUGGAAACUUGGUUGUGCUUGAUGCCUUUAGCAACAGCUUUUCGGGGUCAUUGCCUACUGAGGUUUCACAGCUUCCACAUCUCAAGGUCCUCAAUUUAGCUGGAAGUUAUUUCAAGGGACCAAUCCCAUCAGAAUAUGGUUCUUUCAAGAGCCUGGAGUUUCUUCAUCUUGCAGGGAAUAUGAUCAGUGGAAGCGUACCACCAGAACUGGGCAAGCUCAAAACAGUCACCCAUGUGGAGAUUGGCUACAAUUUUUAUCAGGGAAGCAUCCCGUGGCAAUUGGGCAACAUGAGUGAGCUUCAGUAUCUUGAUAUUGCUUAUGCAAACCUCUCCGGCUCAAUACCAAGGGAACUUGGCAAUCUCGCCAAGCUUGAGUCACUUUUUCUCUUCAGAAACCAGCUCAGUGGACUGCUACCGGGGGAAUUUAGCAAAAUCAGGCCUCUCACAAGCUUGGAUCUUUCUGAUAAUCUGCUUUCUGGGCCUAUCCCCGAGAGCCUUUUAGAGUUGAAGAGCCUUAGACUGCUCAGUCUUUUUUACAAUGACAUGAGUGGCACAGUUCCUGAAGGAAUUGCAGAGCUUCCGUCACUAGAGACUCUUCUUAUAUGGAACAAUUUCUUCUCUGGGAACCUUCCACAGAGCUUGGGCAGGAACUCAAACCUCAAGUGGGUGGAUGUCUCUACAAACAACUUCAAUGGCAGCAUUCCAGCGGAUAUCUGUUUGCAAGGUGUGCUAUUUAAGUUGAUGCUCUUUUCAAACAAUUUUACAGGCGGUCUUUCCACAUCUCUCUCCAAUUGUUCUUCUCUUGUUCGUCUUCGACUUGAAGAUAACUCAUUCUCAGGUGAGAUCCCUUUGAAAUUCAGCCGUCUUCCUGAUAUCACAUAUGUUGACUUAUCUGGGAACAAGCUUACUGGUGGGAUUCCAAUAGAUAUAUCACAAGCUCCCAAGCUUGAGUACUUCAAUGUUUCUAAUAAUCCAGAAUUAGGGGGUACAAUUCCUGCACAAACAUGGUCUUCGCCACUUCAGAAUUUUUCUGCAUCUUCAUGUGGUAUCAUUGGCUAUCUUCCCCCAUUCCAAAACUGCAAAUCCAUAUCUGUUGUUGAACUGAGCAUGAACAGUUUAGAAGGAACCGUUCCAGAAAGUGUUUCUAACUGCCAGGCUCUUGAGAGGUUUGCUUUAGCUAACAAUAAUUUAUCAGGUCAUAUACCUGAGGAGCUUGCAGGUGUUCCUACCCUUGGUGUCCUAGACCUGUCACAUAAUAGUUUCAAUGGACCAAUACCUGCCAAGUUUGGUUCUUCUUCGAGCUUAUUACUUCUAAAUGUGUCUUUCAAUGAUAUUUCUGGAACCAUUCCUUCUGCAAAGCUAUUAAGAGCAAUGGGAAGUAGCGCAUUCAUUGGAAAUCCAAAGCUAUGUGGAAAACCUCUGAGACCAUGUCCGAGUUCGGUGGCGAUAUUUGGAAGCAGAGGCGCCGGGAAGCUUAUAUGGGUCCUGCUACUGUGUGCAGGUGUAAUUAUGUUCAUUACUCUAUCAAUUCUGGGGAUAAUUUAUAUCCAAAGAGGCAGCAAAAGGCAAUGGAAGAUGAUCUCAUUUGCUGGACUUCCUCAAUUCACAGCAAAUGAUGUAUUGAUGAGCUUCAGUUCUAUAGAAUCCAUGGAUGCACUGCCUCCAUUGUCAGCUUCAGCAUGCAAAGCAGUUCUGCCCACAGGAAUCACAGUUUCAGUGAAGAAGAUUGAAUGGGAAGCAAAGAGAAUGGGAGUUAUGUUGGAAUUUAUUACCCAAAUUGGGAAUGCAAGGCAUAAGAAUCUAGCUCGAUUGCUCGGAUUUUGCUACAACAAGCAUCUGGCUUAUCUCUUGUACGAUUACGCCCCCAAUGGAAAUUUGGCUGAAAAGAUAAGAGUGAAAAGGGAAUGGGCAGCCAAGUACAAAAUUGUGAUCGGCAUCGCAAAGGGAUUAUGCUUCCUUCACCAUGACUGUCAUCCUGCAAUUGCCCAUGGAGACUUGAGGUCGAGUAAUAUAGUGUUUGAUGAAAAUAUGGAACCUCAGCUGUCAGAAUUCGGGUUCAAGCAUCUGCUCGAGUUGAACAAAGGUUCAUUUGCAGCAGCAACUUCCAAAAGGGAUACAGGUGAUACCAAUAGUGCCACAAAAGAGGAGCUAUACAGGGAUGUAUAUAGCUUUGGGGAGAUCAUGCUGGAAAUUUUAAGCAAUGGCAGGUUGACGAAUUCAGGAGCAAGCAUACAGAGCAAGUCAGGGGAAGUUGUUCUGAGAGAAAUUUACAAUGAGAAUGAAGUUGGUACGAAUGUUCCAGUGCAAGAGGAGAUAAAAUUGGUACUUGAGGUUGCUACACUUUGCACCAUGAGUAGGCCGUCUGAACGGCCAUCAAUGGAGAAUACAUUGAAGCUUUUAUCAGAGUGGAAAAGCAACAAGAAAAAUAACCCGAGUAUUGAAGCAGCAGCAGCAAGAUUAUGAUUUUAGAUGCAUAUUACCAAUUAAAAACAAAGAUAUAUAUAUACAAGAUGAAGUACUUAAGUGAGAGAUUUGGCUGUUUCUGUUUGUAGUGAAUUUGUUGUUCUCUAGCU